UUAAACAAUGGAAAUUUAUUUUCUCACAGUUCUAGAGGCUAGAAGUCCAAGAUUAAGGUCUGUAAGUUUCCUUUCUUCUCUGAGGCCUCUCCCCAUGACUUGCAGAUGGCCAUCUUCUCACUCUGUCCUCAUCUGGUCAUUCCUUUGUGUUGUCUGUGUCCUCUUCUCAAUAAAGACAACUGUUGCAUUGGAUUAGGGCCCACCCAUAUGACCUAAUUUUACCUUACUUAUCCAAACACAGUCACAUUCUGAGAUAGUGAGGAUUAGGACUUUAACAUAGGAAUUUGGAGGGGAUCCCAAUUCAGUCCGUAACAGGGGAGCACUUAUAUUUUCCCAAAAUUGAACCUGCCAACCCACAAACACAAGAUAUCCAUUUUCCAUUUAUUUUAAUAUUAUUUAAUGCCUUUAAUAGAGAAUGAUACAUUUUGCUGAGAGGCAUUAAAUAAUAUUGAACAUCAUGUUGGGUAUUCCUUUAUUUAAUGAGAUCCCCUUUUCUCCCUUUCAUACUAUGGUUUAAGUCCUAGAAGGUUGACAUUUAUGGACCCCAUUAAAGGGCUCCCUUGUCUUCUGGGCUCUGGCUGGGUUUGACCAGUGGGAAGCAUGGGAGAUCUAAAAGUAGAUAUUCAUUUCUCCACUUCUUCCCCAUGGCUGGGCUGAUGAUAAUUGGGAGCAGUUGUGUUCCUCUACUGAUUUAUUCCAGCUCUCGCCCAGAGCCUUCUGCUGCAGCCGUACCUUUUUCGAAUAAAUCAGGUUCAGAUAACUGCUCCCUUUCAGUUUCUCGUUCAGAUCUAUGGUUAGUGCCCCAUUUUCUCCUUGUUGGUUACUUUUGAUCCUGGCCACACUUCUGUAACUGAUCCCUUCAUUACAUUGCCCUCAACUUCUACAUUUCAGUGUGCCAGUUUUUUUUCUGCUGGGGAGUACACUUUGUUUUUUUAUUCCUAUGUACUUUAUAAUUCUUGAUGCUAUUUAAUAUGGCAUAUUUUAAAAUUACAUUUUUUGUUGUUGCUAAUGUAUAGAAAUGUGAUUUCAUUACACUUAAAACAACAACAACAACAACAAAACCCAGUAACCUAGCCAUCGCACCUAGCCUGGGUAACAUAGUGAGACCUCAUCUCUUAAAAAAAAAGAAAAAAACAACUUCAGUAACCUUUCUAAAUUCUCUCAUUAAUUCCAAUAAUUUGUAUUUUUUUUUUAUUUUAUUUUGAGACAUGGUCUUACCUCAUCGUCUAGGCUGAAGUGCAGUGGCAGAAAUAGGGCUUAUUGCAGCCAUGAACUUCUGGGCUCAAGCGAUCCUCCUACCUCAGUUUCCCAUGUAGCUGGGAUCACAGGAGUGUAACACCACGCCUGGCUAAUUUUUUAAUUUUUUUUAGAGCCUGGGUCUCACUUUGUUGCCCAGGCUGGUCUUGAACUCCUGGGCUGGAGUGAUCCUCCCAUCUCAGCCUCCCAAAGUACUGCGAACUGGAAUUACAGGCAUGAGCCACCACACUUUGCCUCUUUUCUUUGUAUAUAACCUCUAAAACAAUUUCUAAUCACAGAUUUACAACUUUCUUUGGAAGAUUCAUGCAUUUUUAAGUUACCUGAACAUCUAGUACGAUGCUGUAUUGAAGAGGCAGUAGCAAUCAUCUGUCUUGCACCUAAUCUCAUACAGAAUGCUUUCUGUAUUUCACCAUUAGGUGUGGGGUUUCAGAUAUUCUAUCAGGUUAAAAAAGUCCCUUCUAUUUCUAGUGUCUAAGAAUUCUUGUAAGUGAAAGAAUGCUGAAUUCUAUCAAAAACUUUUUACACAUCUUUUGAUAUGAUUUUCUUUAAUCUUUUAAUAUUGUUAAUUAUAUCAAUUACAUUAACCUGUCUUCUAAUAUUAAAUUGACCUUGAAGCCUACACAAUUGGUCAUAAUACACAAUACUCUUAGAACUCAGAAUCCAAAUGAGCAGGAAAUAAUACAUUCUUUAGAGCAAAGUAGGCACCAUAACUUACCAGUUAUAUUCUUAUCUACACACAAUGAGCAAUAAAUGAACAUGUAUCAGUAUCUGACCAGUUGUGUCGUUUUGAGUGGGUCUUUUGUUUACCUCCAUCAGUAAUGCAACCAUCUAUUUAAUCAGUAGACAGUCAUGCUGGCAUUCACUAAAUGCCAUUCACUUUUCUGGCACUACAGUAUAAAUGACGAAGCCAUAACCAUUGCCAUUAAGGAGCUCAUAAAUGUGUGAGUGGUGUGUAUGUGUGAGACAAAAGGGAGAGGCUGGCACAAAGGAGGAGUCGAACAAGAUAAAAUGAAAAACAUAUAUAGUAAGUGCUUUACCGUAAGUGAAUGAACUAAGGAAAAAGAAUGGAGACGUAUUUCAAGUUCUCACGUUGUUUGACUCGAAUCUUGUAGACGGUGUUUGCUGCAAAAAGAUGAAGAAUACAUUCACAGACAUUUAUGUUGAUUACAUAUUUACUGCUAUGUGCCAAGACGUUUUGACCUUGGGGAUAAAAUAGUAAAGAAAACACAAAAAUCUCUGUUGUAUUGGGUUUACAUUCUAUCAAUAAAGAUACAACUUGCCUAGAGAAAAGGCCUCUCCUGGUUAGGAAACAGUAUGAACAAUUAACAGCUCUGGUGGUUUCACAGAGCCACAGUGGGCUGCCUGCUGCACACAAUAUCAGAGUUCGUUUAUAUUUAAAUAUCCUUUUAAUAUUUCUAUUUUUGUCCAUGUAUUAUAAUGCACAUGUAGGUAAUUUGCAAAUUAUCACUCAUAUAUAUACAUCAUAUCAAAAGGUGUAAAAGUUUUUGAUAGAAUUCAGCAUUCAUUUGCUUAUAAAAUGAGUGCAGGCUCACUUUAUUGAUGAGAGUAUUUCACCAAAAAAAUUGGGGAUCUACGACUCUAGAGUUCUCCAAAGUCCACCAAGGAAAAAGUAACUUGAAUUUAAUCGCAUUUAAAACUAUAUAGUAUCCAAUUCUAAAACAUUAGCAACAUAGGAAAACUUACACAGCAGAAAAGAUGACUGGAGAAAUUUUUUUAUUUUUUUUUUGAGACGGAGUCUCGCUCUGUGGCCCAGGCUGGAGAGCAGUGGCGCUAUCUCGGCUCACUGCAACCUCCGCCUCCCGGGUUCACGCCAUUCUCCUGCCUCAGCCUCCCGAGUAGCUGGGACUACAGGUGCCCGCCACCACGCCCGGCUAAUUUUUUUGUAUUUUUAGUAGAGAUGGGGUUUUUAGUAGAGACAGGGUUUCACCAUGUUAGCCAGGAUGACCUCGUGAUCCGCCCUCCUCGGCCUCCCAAAGUGCUGGGAUUACAGGCGUGAGCCACCGCGCCUGGCGUUUUUUUUUUUUUUUAAAGACAUGGUUUCGCUCUGUCGCCCAGGCUGGAGUGCAGUGGCGCUCCAGCGGCCGCUUAUUGCGGCCUCGACCUCUCGGGCUCCAGUUAUCCUCCCACCUCAGCCUUCCAAGUAGGUGGGACCACAGACACCACCACGCCAAGCCCGUAUAUGGUUUCCAAAUAAGACAAAUUGCAAAAAACGUUGCCAGACAGCGUUCGCUGGUUUGGGCCGUCUCUGGGAAUGGCUCGUGUCCGUCUAGAUAUUCAGAGGCCGAGUACAGUCCUCAGUAGGGCUGCUCGGCGGGUACACAGCUGACGCUGGUCCUUGGGCUUAUGGGAGUGGGAACGACUUUCAACUCGGCCGCAGACCAGGAAGGCGUUCUGACCUGCUAGAUUUCCGGGAGAAGGACCCCAUCCCGGUGCCUAGAGCGUCUCCCUUAGCCGGCGUGGGCCAGCGCCAGUUACCUCACGACCACUGAACUGGCGCCUGCGCCUUUCUGUACUUCUCGCUCUUUCUUCAAGUCACUUCUACCCGGCGAGCCCGCCCUGCCGCCAAUCGUCAUUUCCGGCGGGUGCUCUGCGUCAUUUACGUCGUCACUUCCUGCCGAUACCGGUGUGGACGGUGUGAAUCGUGGCUGGCCCGGUUCUCCGCUUCUCCCCAUCCCCUACUUUCCUCCCUCCCUCCCUUUCCCUCCCUCGUCGACUGUUGCUUGCUGGUCGUAGACUCCCUGACCCCUCCCUCACCCCUUCCUAAUCUCGGUGCCACCGGAUUGCCCUUCUUUUCCUGUUGCCCAGCCCAGCCCUAGUGUCAGGGCGGGGGCCUGGAGGAGCCCGAGGCGCUGCAGCAGAAGAGAGAAAAGACAACGACGACCCUCAGCUCGCCAGUCCGGUCGCUAGGUUCGCCGCCGCCAUGACAAUGAGACAGACGCCGCUCACCUGCUCUGGCCACACGCGGCCCGUGGUUGAUUUGGCCUUCAGUGGCAUCACGCCUUAUGGGUAUUUCUUAAUCAGCGCUUGCAAAGAUGGUAAACCUAUGCUACGCCAGGGAGAUACAGGAGACUGGAUUGGAACAUUUUUGGGUCAUAAAGGUGCUGUUUGGGGUGCAACACUGAAUAAGGAUGCCACCAAAGCAGCUACAGCAGCUGCAGAUUUCACAGCCAAAGUGUGGGAUGCUGUCUCGGGAGAUGAAUUGAUGACCCUGGCUCAUAAACACAUUGUCAAGACUGUGGAUUUCACGCAGGAUAGUAAUUAUUUGUUAACCGGGGGACAGGAUAAACUGUUACGCAUAUAUGACUUGAACAAACCUGAAGCAGAACCUAAGGAAAUUAGUGGUCAUACUUCUGGUAUAAAAAAAGCUCUAUGGUGCAGUGAGGAUAAACAGAUUCUUUCUGCUGAUGACAAAACUGUUAGACUUUGGGAUCAUGCUACUAUGACAGAAGUGAAAUCUCUAAAUUUCAAUAUGUCUGUUAGUAGUAUGGAAUAUAUUCCUGAGGGAGAGAUUUUGGUUAUAACUUAUGGACGAUCUAUUGCUUUUCAUAGUGCAGUAAGUUUGGACCCAAUUAAAUCCUUUGAAGCUCCUGCAACCAUCAAUUCUGCAUCUCUUCAUCCUGAGAAAGAAUUUCUUGUUGCAGGUGGUGAAGAUUUUAAACUUUAUAAGUAUGAUUAUAAUAGUGGAGAAGAAUUAGAAUCCUACAAAGGACACUUCGGUCCUAUUCACUGUGUGAGAUUUAGUCCUGAUGGAGAACUCUAUGCCAGUGGUUCAGAAGAUGGAACAUUGAGACUAUGGCAAACUGUGGUAGGAAAAACAUAUGGCCUUUGGAAAUGUGUGCUUCCUGAAGAAGAUAGUGGUGAGCUGGCAAAGCCAAAGAUUGGUUUUCCAGAGACAACAGAAGAGGAGCUAGAAGAAAUUGCUUCAGAGAAUUCAGAUUGCAUCUAUCCUUCAGCUCCUGAUGUUAAGGCCUGAGUGUCAAUCAUAUGUCACAGUUAGUAUACAACUGACUAAAACAAGCAAGCAGAGAAAAGCAUCAGCCUUCCAGAGUUACUCUGCUUAAGGCAGAAACAGCAGUAAAUAAUGAGGAAAAUGAAUUAGCUCCAGUGCUGGAACAACUAACUUGGUGUUACCUGUAAGUGAAAACUCAAGUGUCAGAUGAAGGGAGGUGGAGUUAUCCUCUUAUAGUACAGUGGCCUGUUGACUUUUUAAUGAAUAUAUACAAGCCAACAUCCAAUUUCUAUUAUUACAAUUAGGGUUCUUGUAGCUGUUUAUGUUAUUAUGGAGAAGAAAACUAUAUUGGCUUAUUUUUCUGAUCUUAAAGCAGAAUGCCUUUUUUUUUUUGCUUCAGUUGUAAAGAAGAGGGAAUACACGAUAAAGUAACUGGUUUGAUUUCUCUUUCAUUGUACGCUGCUUCUGAACAUCUAAUUGUUUUUAGUUGUCUAAAUAAAAUGCCUCUAAAACAAAA